UCUCUGGCGUACCAGUGGCCUAAUCAAUCAAAAGCUAUUGAUAUUUGUCAUUUUUCCAGCUCAAAUGCUUCACCUGUGUUAUAAAAAGGGGAGCUGUUAGUAGACGUUUGCUAGGUGGUCAUGUCAGGGAACAGGAUGGUAGCGUUUGCGUUGGUGUUUGUUUUGCUCGCAUGUACUGCUGCUGCUGCUGCAACUGGGAGCAAAACAGUUGAGCGGUUCCAAGCUGGGAGGGAGGAAGCAAAAAGCGCUGCAGGCAGACAGGAGCCUCUGCCGCCACGCACGGUUAGACGGGCACACCUUUCCGAGGAAGAGCGUGUCAUUAUGGCCAAACAAAUCAUGCAAGCAAUCUCAGAGAUGGUGAGCUCCGACUGCAUGAUGGACCGUGACUAUCAGGGCUGGGUGGAUUUUGGACGGCGGGACGCUGAAUGAAAGCGGGCCGGCCGCCGAUGCUGCUGCUGCUUCAGUGUUCAACCAAUGAGCUGUUGUUGAUUUAAUACUCUUGCAAUGCCAUGAAUAAAGUUUUUUGCAAAUUCAAUCUUGA